AUGUAAAGAUGGCUCUUUUUGUUUUUGUGCGCGAUCGGCGGUUUAAAUUUGUUUAAUUAUUAUGUAUCCGUGAAUAGUUUGUUGUCAGUAAAUUAUGGAGGCUGGAACAAGUUCGGGAACUCGUACAACACGGUUUAUGAUGGAGGGUGUUGGUGCUAGAGUUAUUCGAGGGCCGGAGUGGAAGUGGGGCAAACAGGAUGGAGGGGAAGGGCAUGUAGGAACGGUUCGAAAUUUUGAGUCACCUGAAGAAGUCGUGGUUGUUUGGGAUAACGGUACAGCAGCCAAUUACCGUUGCUCGGGUGCAUUUGAUUUAAGAAUAUUAGAUUCUGCUCCAACUGGUGUUAAACAUGACGGAACGAUGUGCGAUACAUGUCGUCAGCAACCCAUUUUCGGCAUUCGUUGGAAAUGUGCGGAAUGUGGAAAUUAUGAUCUGUGUUCAAUAUGCUACCAUGGAGAUAAGCAUCAUUUAAGGCAUAGAUUUUAUCGUAUCGCUACUCUUGGGAGUGAACGAGUGUUAUUGGAGCCGAGACGAAAAAGUAAAAAGAUUGCGAUUAGAGGGAUAUUUCCUGGUGCAAGAGUGGUUCGUGGUGUCGACUGGCAAUGGGAGGAUCAAGAUGGUGGCAAUGGUCGAAGAGGGAAAGUAAACGAAGUGCAAGAUUGGUCAGCUGCAAGUCCUCGUUCAGCUGCUUAUGUCAUAUGGGACAAUGGGGCUAAAAAUUUGUAUCGAGUUGGAUUUGAAGGAAUGGCAGAUCUUAAGGUCGUAAAUGAUGCGAAAGGCCAAACGGUAUAUAGAGAUCAUUUACCAUUGCUUGGUGAACAAGGUCCUGGAAGAACGGGUCCUCAUGGUUUGCAGAUUGGUGAUCAGGUUAACGUUGAUUUAGAAUUGGAAAUUGUUCAGUCUCUUCAGCAUUGUCAUGGGGGUUGGACGGAUGGAAUGUUUGAAUGCCUUGGUACUACCGGUACCGUUGUUGGUAUUGACGAAGAUCAUGAUAUUGUAGUAUCUUAUCCAAGUGGUAAUCGAUGGACAUUCAAUCCUGCUGUGCUUACUAAAGUUCAAUUACCAGUACCAGUUACCACCUCGAGUUCUGACAGUCAAACGUUUGCUGUUGGAGAUCUAGUACAAAUCUGCAGCGAUUUAGAAAAGAUCAAAUUAUUGCAGCGGGGACAUGGAGAAUGGGCUGAAGCUAUGGCACCUACAUUAGGGAAAAUUGGAAGGGUGCAGCAAACAUAUCAUGAUGGUGAUCUGAAAGUUGAAGUGUGCAGUACUUCUUGGACAUAUAACCCUCAAGCCGUUACAAAAGUUGCCAGCAGCGACGGUAGCGUGCCCGGAAACAGCAGUGGGGAACGUUUGUCUGCUUUAUUGAAAAAGUUGUUUGAGACUCAUGUUUCUGGAGAUGUCAAUGAGGAACUUGUUAAAACAGCUGCGAAUGGUGAUGCCGCAAAAUGUGAGGAAUGCUUAAAACGGCCAGAAGUUGACAUCAAUGGUGUCUUUGCCGGCCAUACAGCUUUGCAAGCUGCAAGUCAAAACGGACGCCUAGAAGUUAUAAAGAUUCUUCUCCGCUACAAAGCAGAUGUCGAAAUUGAGGACAAAGAUGGCGAUAGAGCUGUCCAUCAUGCUGCAUUUGGCGACGAGCCCAGUGUUAUGGCUCUUCUAGCACGAGCUGGAGCUGAUCUUAAUGCUAGAAAUAAAAAACGCCAAACAGCCCUCCACAUUGCCGUUAAUAAAGGCCAUGCAGGUGUUGUGCGAACGUUACUGGAGUUGGGCUGUCAUCCCUGUUUGCAAGACUCGGUAGGUGAUACCGCUCUACAUGAUGCCAUAUCGAAGAAACGAGACGACAUGUUGGCUUUAUUGUUAGACCAUGCGGCAGAUAUCACCCUCACAAAUAACAAUGGCUUCAACGCGCUCCACCAUGCUGCUCUUCGAGGAAAUCCAAGCGCUAUGCGAGUCCUGCUGUCUAAACUUCCUCGCCCGUGGAUAGUCGACGAAAAGAAGGACGAUGGAUAUACGGCACUCCACCUCGCGGCUCUGAACAACCACGUGGAAGUAGCCGAGCAGUUGGCACGAUCUGGAAAGGCAGACCUAGACCUACAGAACGUCAAUCUACAAACGGCCCUUCAUCUCGCCGUUGAACGACAGCACACGCAGAUCGUCCGGCUAUUGGUGCGCGAAGGCGCGAAUUUGAACGUCGCCGAUAAGGACGGUGACACGCCGCUGCACGAGGCUCUUCGUUACCACACUCUAUCGCAAUUGCGUCAGUUACAAGACGUACAAGACGUGGAACGUCUUCUGAUGGGCCUUGGAGCUCAGGGGCAAGACAAGAAGAGCAGCUCCUUUAUCGCCUGCUUCCUGGCCGCUCACGGCGCCGAUCUCGAACUCAAGAACAAGAAAGGCCAGACGCCGUUGGACCUCUGCCCGGAUCCCAACUUAUGCAAGACUCUCACGACUUGCCACAAAGAUAAAGAAUCGCAUGAAAUCGCACCUCCACCGCCAUCGGCUACCAUAAACGAAUGUCUAGUCUGCUCCGAUAGAAAAAGGGAGGUACUCUUCGGACCUUGCGGCCAUGUUACUUGCUGUAACGUAUGUGCUCCCAGGGUGAAAAAGUGCCUGAUUUGCAGGGAGAAUGUGCUUUCCAGAACUAAGAUCGAGGAAUGCGUAGUUUGCUCCGAUCGCAAGGCCGGAGUACUUUUUCGCCCUUGCAGUCAUAUGUGCGCUUGUGAAAGCUGUGCUGCUUUGAUGAAAAAAUGUGUCCAAUGUCGUGCACAAAUUCAACACAUGGUACCGAUGUCCAUCUGUUACGGCGAAGAAGAGGUAAAAGCCGCUCCCGAAGAAGAAUCUGCUCCAUCAAACACCGAAGGAGGUGAAGCUGCAUUAAUGAAUAAUGGAAGCCGAGACACAUCUCGUAGUGACAUACAAAAAUUACAACAACAGUUACAAGACAUCAAAGAGCAGACCAUGUGCCCCGUUUGCCUGGAUCGCUUGAAGAACAUGAUCUUUCUCUGCGGUCACGGCACCUGCCAAAUGUGCGGUGAUCGUAUGUCUGAGUGCCCGAUUUGUCGUAAAGCAGUGGACAAGCGAAUUCUACUGUAUUAAUAAGACAGAAUGUGUAUGACCACAUUAAAGUUACGAGAAUUCAAGCAAUCGGCAUGACAGGAAAGACAGUUUACACCUUCAACGUACUUUAAUGUUUAAUGAAAUGCAAUCCAUUUACAGCCGAUUUCUGUAUCUGUGAACAGUCUAAUGACUGCACUAAAUCUUCCGUAUACUUAACUCAUCGGACAAAUGAAAUGAAUCAUGUAUUGAACAUUAUGUAACGCUUAACCCGUUCCGCAAUAUUGGCAUGUAUGCAUAUGAACGAGUUCCUUAACGUUCCAGAAUACUAUGGCAUAUAUUUGACAAGAACUGAAUCAUCUAAUGUAUUCGUCUAUAGCAGGAGGCACAUUAUUGAGCAUUAAUUAUUUAAUAUUUUUAAAAGCUAUAAAUUCUCAAAUAUAAAUUCUAAAUUCUGUGAAAUGUUAAACAUAAUUUCUUUUUAAGUUAAACCGGUUAGGCUCCAUAUCUUUGUGUAUACUUUCAAAACAAAAGAGUGCGCGUGUACUUGCAAUAGAAAACGAUCUUCCACAAUAGAUGAUUCGGUUCAUUACAGAGUAACAAAAUGCAGAUACGAUAUCACUGUUACAAAACAAAUGCGUCAAUGUGCUUGCCAUAUAAUAAGGAUUUAAUUGCAUUCUGUAUGGUUUAUGGCACAGUAACAUUUCUGAGACGCGAAAAGUACAAACAUGUAUUUAUUACUUUCUUGAAUUGAACAUAUUGAAUUAACUAGUGCAUAACAGUGGUGUCAUAUUUAAGAUCUUUAACUGGAAGUAUUCCGACAAAAAUUUAACAUAUGUGUGAAAGGCAUAUAAAUUUUCCUAAAACAAGUUCUGCUCCUUAAACGGUAUAUACAGUUAAUCUGAACCGCAAGUUCUGACGAUAAUUACGUUGAUAUUUGAAUCAGCUGAUAACAAAUCCAGUUUAAUGAAUUAAAAAUUAAUUCCAGUUGCUUUAUAGUUCCACGGACGUAUUAUGCACAUUAUUACAUUACUCCUAAUGAAGAACAAUAUCCGUGCUAGGCUUAAAGGACCUGGACAUUACGAAAAACGAUGAUCAAUAUUGCAAUACAUAGUAUUCCAUCAAUGACAUGGUUCCAAAUAUUCUAACAAUGCGUAUCUGCCGAAGGAAAGCCAAAAACUGGCGUCAUUCUAACUUUAAUUGUCUCAAUUAUUAACGUAAUCGUUAUGUAAAACAGUAUUUUUAAAAUUAUUCUUAUUUUGUAUUAGUCGAGCAACUUAUUUACACAAUGAACAUCUACGGAUGUUUCUUGAUUUAUUGUAUGGUUUUUAUGGGUCAACUAUCACAUUUGAUGUUACACUUAAUUUUAAUCAUGCAUGGGUGUGGGAAUUUAUUGGAUGUCGGAUCUUCGUAAAAAUCAGGGUUGCAGACUUAUUGAAUCUAUAAUUUUGUCAGUUCAUUCGAAAAUUAGAUGAUGUAAAAAAUGUAUGAAACACGCUGAAAUAAAUAUAAUGAUUUUCAUAUGAAAUAAUAAAAUGGAUACUCAAGAAACUCACAUUCGAUGCAGUUAUUCUAUUACUUCAAUGGAUAUUGUUAUUCGGUUGCUUCAACGCCUUCAAACUAUUUUUGUUUCCAUUGUAUCGGACCUCAUGUUUUCAUAGUUACAUAUAUUUUACUAACUUCUGAAAUGAUUGUAACUUAACUAAUACGGGCAUUAUUAAAUUUGAUUAAAUUCUUCAAUCAAGUAAAACAAAAAGCAAUUUCUGCCUUAUGAUCGACUAUGCACUAUGGUCAAUACCAUGAAAGGGCUUUUAGUUUAUUCCGAAUUUAUUAUUUCAUUUUAAGCAAACUAAACGAAGUUCUGCAAUCCUAAGAAAAAUAGUUAACGUACUAUAGUGCUAGGUGACUAAUAUGCGUUUUCGUCAUCACAAUAGAUGCGAAUUAUGUUCGUGCAUUAGCAAUAAGGUUAUGGUAUGUUGUUCACAUAAACAUAAGUAUUGUAAUCCUUUCAUGAUAAGAUUAUAAUCCAAUUAUAAUAAGACUACAACGCGAAUUUGAUGGCUAUCAAUUUUUAAUGUAAAAGAUUAUUGUCUGAAACGGACUCUUGAUGCAAAUAGCUUACUGAGAAUGAAUUUACGGUCUUCAGAUAAAGGAUUCCGAAAGUAAUUAAAUGUUCGCGGCAAAUUAUGUACUGAAAACAUAACAACAUCAUUCCUACGACUUCAUUUUGACAAAAUUAGUUUACAAUUGCAAAAUGUCACAUUUCUGACGGAUAUUGGAAAAGAACGUUGAAUUUAUUAUUAAACUGGUAUCGUAAAUCGCGCGCACGAUAACUGAACGAUAACAAGGAAUAAUUAAAGACUUCCCACCUCGAUUUUAUUUGAAAUUCAUGCUACAUGUUCUUCAAACUUCAGAUUCAGACAAGUUUAUUAACAUUCUACAUUUAACAUUCAUUAACCCUUUGCACUCAUUUAUCGAGUGUGACUCGACAUCUCAAUAAUUGGGAAUGCAAAGGGUUAAAAAAUACGCAUCCCUAAACAAGGUGUAACAGAAUUCGUAGUUACGGUUUACAUGUUGUUCUUAUUGAAAAUGGAAUAGAAAUGUCUUGCACAAUUUUUUUUAUGGGGUAUAGUUUUCUUGUAAUAAUUAAUUUAAAAAUAGUCGCGUUGAUUAGCGGAACGCGAAUAUAAAGAAAUAGUACAAAUCUAUUGACCGUUGACUGGACUUUCAACAAGGAUAGCAUUGUAUAAAUAAUGACCGCAAAUUCUGUUACACUCUAUAUAGAUUGCAAAAUCAAAUUCCAUUUAGCCUUCAAAUUUUUCAGAAUCUCCAUGUUGAAUAACUUUAUUCAAAACUAAAAUAGAGAACAUUUUUAAAAGAGAAAUUAAUUUCUUUCUCCAUUUGGUUGUACACAGUAAAAGGGUCCUUCGCUCUACGAUCAACAACCACAUAAGCAAAUCCCAAUAUUCCUCAUAAGAAUCAAUCUGAAAUUUCAAAAUGUAAUGAGACUGUAGAAUUUAAUAAAGCUCUAGAAAAGAGCGAUUCCAAAAUUUAUGAAAAUAUUUCUUAAAAGGAAGACUCUUAAUUUUCAGAAUCUGUCUUGAUUAAGCAGCCACUCUAAUUCAAAGUGCAGUACUCUACAGCGAUUCUAUUAAGGCAUUGCUCAUAGCUACAGUAGCCCUAUCCAUUUUGGUCCAUUAUAAUCCAUCUCUAUCGCCACGCUUAGUUGUCACAGAAUUCACGUUCGGAAUAUGCAUCAAAUUCGCGGUUUAAUUAUAAUACAUGUCCUACAGACCCUAUAUCGCUGAUAGGUUUUCAUCAUUGACGAAAGCAAUGUUAUCGCUUCCAAAUUAAUGAAAUAACAACUGCAAUGCGUUUCUGAUUCAAUUGGGUAAUUUAGGGAGAAAAUGCUAUCAUUAACCAUUCACAUUUAAUUGAAAACGUUUUCCGUUAACAAAAUCGUAUGACUUAUGUACACCAUUGCAAAUAUCUUUUAUUUCGCAAGAAGAUGUAAAGUGAAUCCCUUCCAACCAAGAAAAGGUAACAUACAAUCUUCAUUUUCUAAUAUUCUUAUAAUAACUAUUCAAAAAACAUACAUUCUUUUCAUGUCUUUUCUUAUACUGUCGUAUGUUAUUGUACACUGCAUGUCAUACUAUUUUAUCAAAGUAGUGUCCUAUUUAAUAUUGCAUUUAAAGCUAAUGCUUUAUACAGUUUUACGGUGAAGAAAUAAAAUUUAUAAUUUCUGAGGGGUUAUUCACUUAAAAAUCAGUGAAAACAAUUUCCUCCUUUAAGAGCCAAUUGCGUUUGAUUUCAUGUUUGGCCUUAAAAUUGUAACAUUAUUCGGUCAUUUCCAAUGAUUUCUGCUUGCGAUUUUCAGCUGAUUUCCACACUAUUUCAAGCAUUAAAAUCCAUGAUUUCCUAAGUGAAUAACCCCUUGUUAAUUUCUUCAUUUUUACUGAAAAUAGUUACCAAUAAUUGAAGAUUAAAUAGUGACGCUCCAUGUAUGUUUGUUUUCUAAUAAUAAUUUGGAAUAAUCACAUCACAAAAAAAAAAGAACUACAUUCGCAAAGAAAACAAUUAACCCAAUGAAGAAGAAUGUCAAACUGCACUGAGAAAAUGAUAUGAAUAGCAAUAGAUUCACAUGCUUGACACUACAUAUAACUUAAGAAAUACUACUUCUGUUUAAUGUACAUCUCUAAAUGGAAUUUAAUUUGCCAUCCUAUUAAUAAGUUACCUAAAAACUUUCAUGUACAAUUAUUAAUAUGAACUAGAGCGUAAGGCUUUUAUGUAACAACCCUAACGAAUAAAUCAAUAUGGCUGGCAUGUUAAACAAUAUAUGUAUA